CAAAACCGUCCCUCUUGGAACGAGUCAGAAAAAAUUGCUGCCUCUGCGCGUGACUCUUAAGAAUAAGUCGUCGCGGCCGCAGCGAUGUCAACUCAGACCCUGAUCUUCGUGGAUGUGGACGGUGUGCUAAACGUGGGCCUUUCUCAAGGGGAAACCAACACUCUGAUGCUGAGCCUUCGCAACAUGGCACUGGCGCGCCGCGUGCAGCUGGACGGCCGUGCCUCCAAGGCGUCGAAAGACGCCGCGGAGUCGCUUUUUAACCUUGCCGCAGCUCCAUUGAGCGGCGAAGCAGGCACAUUGCAGAAGUAUAUGUGCCCAGAUCAUGGCAUUUCAGACCUGUUGGUGGAAAGAUUGGCAAAGCUCCUCCUUGCCGCCGGGCCAUCGGCUCAUGUGGUGCUGUCUUCAAGCUGGAGACACGAGCGUCACGCCGCGAAGCGUGACUUGCUGGAACGGAAGAUUAGCAAGUGUAUAGGGCAAUCCUUUUCCUUUCAUGGCGUGACAGACACAGGUCGCAAGGAGCACACUGGUGGGGACAGAUUGGAGCUGCUGGGUGACUACCUCGAGGAGUACAGUCAGCGGAUUCCAAGAGAUCAGCAUCUCCGCAUUCUCGUCCUCGACGAUUUCUUCUUGUGCCCCAUGGGCUGGACCGUUGGAGAAAAGUUGGUCCAGACUCAGGAGGAGAUGAACGAUUAUAUCAAGUCUCGAGCGAAAAACCCCCCUUUUGUGCAGGUGAAAAUUGUCUACACCUACGAUGAGUGGACGAUGCGACUGGGAAAGCUUCACGCCAGCAUCGGACUUCAGAUGAGCAUGUAUGUCGAUGCAAUGAACUUUCUGCAAGAUAAGGAGGCUCAACCUGAGCUCCAAGUGCCUGAGACGAGGAGCGCCUUGCUGCUGAAAUCUACCGAGGUCCUUCCCAUCCAAACAAGGCCGAAAGGAUUCUCGCCCUGCCAAUCUGUGAUUCUCGCCCUGUAGCUGAGUACAUCGCCGGCCCCAUGGAGGUUGAAGAAAGAGACCAUGGGUUCCCCAGAUAUGUGUG